AUGGCUAUCGGAGGAUUGGCUCUUGAUGUCUCCGGCGUCAGCAACAUAGACGCCAAGAUCACAGCCGCGGUCGUCAUGACUUGCGUUGUGGCCGCCUCAAGCGGUCUCAUUUUUGGCUACGACAUCGGAAUCUCAGGGGGUGUGACGACGAUGAAGCCGUUUCUUGAGAAAUUCUUUCCAUCUGUUCUUAAAAAAGCUUCUGAAGCAAAGACGAAUGUGUACUGCGUCUACGAUAGUCAAGUUCUAACGGCCUUCACAUCAAGCCUUUACAUUGCUGGCUUAGUCGCUUCCUUAGUAGCUAGCCGUCUCACAGCGGCUUACGGUCGCCGCACCACCAUGAUUCUCGGUGGUCUCACUUUCCUCUUUGGUGCCGUCAUCAACGGUUUAGCUGCCAACAUCGCCAUGCUCAUCUCCGGUCGGAUAUUGCUAGGAUUCGGAGUUGGCUUCACCAACCAAGCUGCGCCGGUGUAUUUAUCGGAGGUAGCUCCGCCGCAAUGGCGUGGCGCUUUCAACUCGGGCUUUCAAUUCUUCAUCGGAGUCGGAGUUGUAGCAGCCAAUAUGAUAAACUACGGCACGGCCAACCACCUUAACGGCUGGCGUAUCUCACUAGGCCUGGCCGCUGUACCAGCCGCGAUCAUGACCGUCGGAUGUCUAACCAUCUCAGACACACCUUCUAGUUUGUUGGCGCGUGGGAGACACGAUCACGCUCGGGCGUCGCUGUUUAAACUACGUGGCACCGAGAACAGAGCUGACGUGGAAGCCGAGCUAGCAGAGCUGGUUAAGUCGAGCCAAAUAGCUUUAGAAGCUAGAGCCGAGCCGUUUAGGACGAUCCUUGAGAGACGGUACAGGCCUCAGCUUGUGGUUGCUGUGGCGAUACCUUGUUUUCAACAGUUAACCGGGAUCACGGUCAAUGCGUUUUACGCUCCGGUUCUGUUUCGAUCGGUUGGGUUUGGUUCUGGUCCUGCUCUUAUUGCGACGUUGAUACUUGGUUUGGUUAAUCUCGGUUCGAUUCUUGUUUCGACGAUGGUUAUUGAUCGGUUCGGUAGACGGUUCUUGUUCAUUGCUGGUGGUGUUCAGAUGUUUAUCUGUCAGGUGGCAGUGGCUGUGUUGCUUGCUGCGACGGUGGGAGCCGCCGGAGACGGAGAGAUGACGAAGGGCUACGCCGUGACGGUUGUGGUGUUGCUCUGCAUAUAUUCAGCUGGGUUUGGAUGGUCGUGGGGUCCACUGAGCUGGCUGGUCCCGAGUGAAAUAUUCCCGCUCAAGUUGCGGCCGGCAGGUCAGAGCUUAAGCGUCGCCGUGAACUUCGCCGUAACGUUCGUUCUCUCUCAGACGUUCCUAGCAACGCUCUGCGAAUUCAAGUAUGGUGCGUUCUUGUUUUACGGAGGUUGGAUCUUGUUAAUGACGGGUUUUGUCGUCUUGUUUUUGCCGGAGACCAAAGGAAUCCCUGUGGAUUCCAUGUACCAGGUUUGGGAGAAGCAUUGGUUUUGGCGAAGGUUCACUAAACCGACUUCGGUUUGA